CUACAUAGAAAUACUGAACACAUUCUUUUCAGUCAUAUUUUUGUGCAUCCUGCCUAGGAUUUGCCACCCCCAUGGCCCUAGUCCUAUAUCUGUUCCUAUCAGCUGUUGGAUCCACUGUUGUUUUUGCUAAUUUUAACACAGACUUUGAUAUCACAUUUGGUGCCGAUCAUACAAAGAUACUUGACAAUGGCCGGCAAUUGCAGCUUAGCCUUGACAAGACCUCAGGUUCUGGAUUUCAAUCUAAGAGUGAAAUUCUGUUCGGACAAAUCAAUAUGAAAAUUAAGUUGGUGCCGGGGUAUUCGGCAGGCACUGUAACUACAUUCUACCUUUCUUCUCAAGGGUCUAAUCAUGACGAACUAGACUUUGAGUUCCUUGGGCGUCUGCCUGGAGAUCCCUAUGCUAUGCAAACAAACGUGUUCGUACAAGGCCAAGGCAAUCGAGAAGUGAGAUUCAACCUUUGGUUUGAUCCCACCGAGAAUUUUCACACUUACUCUCUGCUAUGGAAUUCACACCAAAUUCUGUUCUCUGUGGAUGGAACUCCGAUGAGGGUGUUUAAGAACAUGGAGAAUAUCGGUGUGCCAUAUCCCAGAGAUCAAGCGAUGAGAGUCAUUGGGAGUUUGUGGGACGGAUCUGAUUGGGCAACUGAUGGUGGUAGAGCGAAGGUGGACUAUAGCAAAGCUCCCUUCGUUGCAUUAUUCAGCAGUUAUAGUGCAGAGGCAUGCAUCAAUGGCGAGCCUUGUAAUACAAAUGCAGCGUGGAGUCGAGAAAGAAUUAGUGUUGAGCAGUGGAAACAACUUAAGAUAGUGCGGAAAAAAUAUAUGACUUAUGAUUAUUGCUUAGACAAGGAAAGGUUUCCCCAUGGCCUUCCUGCUGAAUGCACCCGUCAUUCAUAACAUGUGCUCACAGACUCGUUACUCAUUACUAUUUAGCCAACUUGUUUAUCCUUUCUUUUCGAGGCACGAAUAAAUUGCGGGAUGAUAUGAACCGUCAAUGGUUUAGAAUAAACCCUUCUAUUGAAUUGCAAUAAAAUAGUAAUCUAAAUCAUUAGGAUUUUUGAAGGGUAUAGGUGCGAUUUAGCCCAGAAAACAAAUGUACAAGUCUCCCACCAAAUACUUUGGGAAAAAUCUUAAUAAAAUAAUAAUAAUAAUAAUCUAUCAUGUAUGUUUCUAUUCU